AUGGGGGAGCAAGGAUGCCAGGCUGCCAAGGAGGGCACACGAACAGUGACGUCUGUCUUACAUUUUGGAGUGUGGCGUUUUAAAUCCUGUCGUCCACCUUUUCCAUCCACUUCUAAAUACCCCGAUAUUCUGCGUUUGUCUUUUGUGGUUUCUGAGCCGCCUCCGAGGCCUUUAUCCCGCCGGGGCCACCCCUCGGGGGCUCACCGUAUCCCGCACCUCGGGGGGGGCCGGGGCCGCCCCCGCAGCGCCUUCGUUGCCCCCGAGCGCGUGCGGGUGAUGACGUCACGUACCGGCGCAGAGGUUUCCCGUGGCCGCGGCGUUAACGCGGAGCUGGGUGCGGGGCUGAGCCCCGACGUGCCGGGUCCCGGCCGCGCUCGGCUCCCGCUGCCGAGGGGGUUCCCGUUCAGCGGGUGCCACCUGCAUCUCCUGGCGCAGGUGAUCACGGGGGGACACUACGACGUGGACUGCUUCGUGGAGGACCCCAACGGCCAGACGAUCUACAAGGAGACCAAGAAGCAGUACGACAGCUUCCCACACCGCACCGAGCUCCAGGGCGUCUACACCUUCUGCUUCAGCAACGAGUUCUCCACCUUCUCCCACAAAACCGUCUACUUCGACUUCCAGGUGGGCGACGAGCCGCCCAUCCUGCCCGACAUGAGCAACCGCGUCACGGCCCUCACACAGAUGGAGUCCGCCUGCGUCACCAUCCAUGAGGCCCUGAACACGGUGAUCGACUCCCAGACCCACUACCGCCUGCGGGAAGCGCAGGACCGGAGCAGGGCCGAGGACCUCAACGGCCGGGUCUCCUACUGGUCGGUUGGGGAAACCCUCAUCCUCUUUGUGGUCAGCGUUGGGCAAGUGAUGCUGCUCAAAAGCUUCUUCACCGAGAAGAGACCCGGCAGCGGCGGGGCCGGCACCUAGAGCCGCAGCCCCGGGGUGCCCGGACGGCGGGGGGGAGGCGGGUGGGCAGCGUCCCCCUGGGUCACGCUCGCCCUCUGUUUUUCACAAGGUGCUGCCGCGGGGAGGCUGCCGGAGGGGAGCAGGGGAUGAUGUGAUGCUGCUGAGCCCGGUGGAAAAUGGUCACCCAAGCAUGGGCAUCCCCCAGCCAAUACCCCAGCGUCACCUCCUUCGCCUUUGGCUGCUUUGUGGCCUUGUCCCCUCUCCUGGCCACUCUGUCCCCACUUGCCAGCUCCACCUGGGUCUUUGCCCGACGCCUGGGGCACCCUGUGAGCCCGAUGUGACUGCGAGGUGCCGCCAGGCAUCCAGCAAGGCCUCUCGCUGCCCCCUCUCACCCAGGAGCUCUGCCCGGGCUGGUGAGGGGAUGGGGCAACGCUGUCCCCCCUGGCAGCCAUCUCCCGAGCUCUCCUGCACCUAGCCGAGUGCCCAGAUUUAGUUGCCAUCUCUGUGCCCACAGGCGGGGGGGGCGAGCAUAGCUCCCCUUUUCUCCCCCGGGGCGGGCAGGGCAGGGGACAAAGCCGGCAGCGGCACCCUGGGAGCCACUGGCUCAAACACAGGGGCGAGGGUUCAGCAGGGGCUUUUUUGCUGGGUGAUUUUCCCAGGUGAUUUUCCCGAUUUUGCCCCCACCCCCCCCGGCGAAGCGUUUCCCAGGCCGUGGGGAGCUGGCACCGUGCCCUGUACAAGGUGGUAGUUUCAUCCUCACAGGAAUCCCUGCUGGGGAGUCCCGGCCCCAGCGCCUCCCCCUGUUCCCGGCAGACCCACCCCGUGCUGAGGAAGCCCCAUCCCCACCCCAGCAGCAAGCAAGGACCCCCUGUGCCCCUGGGACUGCAGCCUGGAGCCCCCCCAAAACAAGAGACCCCCCCACUGUGUGAGAGCCCCGGGGAGAGCAGAGCACUGGCCACCCCCCUCUGGAGCCGGAGCGGCUCCGCUGCCAUUUGACUUUGCCACUGCCUAAUAAACCCCUGCGACUGUG